GAGCCAACCGUGUUUAGGACGAUUGGACAAGAAGACAGGACAAUCUCUCCUAACUAAGAUAGAACCACAUACAAGAGAAGGGGCAUCUUCAUCAAAGAUUAUCUGUGGACUGCUUUUGUAAGACCCAGGAUGAAUUUUGCUGCUCAGUUUUUCUAUGCUAACUUUACAAAUGACGGCUCAGCGACACCAAAAGAGACGCGAAGGAGCUUCAACGACAGCGAGGAGUAUGAUCCCUUCUGGCAGAGCACAGAACAGCGGAGUUCCUCUAAACCAGACUGCUCCUCCCACAGCGGCCCGUGUCACAAAGAAAGGCACAUUGGUAACGGCUGGGCGGGUCGCCACUCAACUCUAAUCUGCCCAGAACGCCUCAAAGAUUUUGGAGUCGAGGAAUACCUCAAUGGAGAUGUAAAAGUCUUUAAGACCACGGUUACGGAACCAGCUGAGGUCCAGUUAAUGUCUACACCAAAACCUUCCGUUAAGAAAGGCGGUGAGAGCAAGUCUGCAUCUAAACCUCCACCCGAGUAUCUGCGCUUUGAAGACAUCAGCGCUGCUGCCUUUAAACUCCAACAGUCAGGAAUUCAGAAAACGCCCUGCACCUACUCUCGGCUGUCCAAACAGUACGGGAUGGAAAUCUAUCUGAAAAAAGAGCAUCUCCAUUACACUGGUUCUGUGAAGGAGAGAGGUGUUCUCUAUCUUCUGUCCUCACUCAAACAGGAGCAGCAGAGGAAUGGUGUGAUUGUGGCCACAGACUGUAACUUCUCGAUGGCAGUGGCGUAUCACGCAGUGGAGAUGAGAAUUCCCGUGUUUGUCAUCAUGCCGGUGAAUAGCUCUCCACCACGCCUUUGCAUCUAUAGAGACUACGGCGCCAUGGUGAUCUCAUACGGCAGCACCGCCCGAGACUCAAUGAACCACGCACGGCACCUCGCCAAAGAGAACGGAUACCUGUGUCUAGAGGAAGAGGACAGCUCGGUGUAUCUGGCAGGUCUGGGUACAGUGGGCAUGGAGAUCUACGAGCAGGUGCCCAAACUGGAUGCAGUCAUCGUGCCUGCGGGCGGACUACUGGCGGGAACUGCAGCUGCCAUCAAACACCUGAACCCUCGAAUCUCUGUCAUAGGCGUUGAACCGGAGGAAUUUGCCCUUUUAUUGCAAUCUCUCCAAACAGACUCUCCCAUAAAGGAUCUGUCCUGCAACCCCAACAAGAAACUCUACAGAGAUUUAGUGAAUCACUCGUUGGGAACACAAACCUUUCGGUUGGCCAAGAACAUGGUGGACAAAGUCAUUUCUGUCAGGGAGGCAGAUGCUCUGGUGGCCAUGUUGCGCUUUCAGGAGUACGAGCGCUCGACUAUCGACACAGAGGGUGCCAUGGGUUUGGCGGCCAUCUUGGCAGGCCAACUGCCAGAGCUUAAAGGCAAAAGGGUGGCAGUGGUGGUGAGCAGUGCUAAUAUGGAGCUGGACCUGUUUCUGCAGUGUGUGGAACGAGCUCUGGUUCUGGAUGACCGGAUCAGUCGAUUCACAGUGCAGUUGAGUGACUGGCCCGGAGACAUGGCCAAACUGCUGGAGACACUCGCCCGAGAGGACGUCAGGUUGCUGGAUGUUUGUCACAAACGGUACAGUGAUAAAGCAGAGCUGUUUAAAGCACAGGUGGAGUGUGUCGUUGAAACUCGUGAUAAAUCUCAAAACGGUCAUCUGCGCCAGACGCUGUCAGACCGAUACCCGUCUCUCCUCUGGCUGGACCGGUGAUCAGAACACACACUUCACUAUAAAACUGCUGAUUCACAACGUUUAUAAAGGAUAAAACAAACACAAAUCAAUUCACAUGUAAAUGUUAAGACUGUAUAACAUGUCACAUGACGUCUAAGCCACAAAAUGAACAUCAGUCAUUCCACAAUUUAUUCAGUAUUAUUGAACAUCCUCAAAACAGGAGAUGAGGAAUGAAGCUGUAUAAAUCUCUUGUCUGUGUAUAGGCUUACUGUGUGUUUGAUGUGGAAACUAGCGGUGUUAUACAGAUGUCUGCUGUAUUUUGGGUUAAUAAAAUAAAGGUU